AGUGGACGGGACACUUAUUCAACAACAACAGUUAAUCAGCCACCUAGGUAGCUUGCUAGCCAACAUAGCCGAAACAUUGGAGCUUUUUAUACGUUUUCGGUGUAUAUUAAUGACUGUGUUUUAAACACACGUCUGUCGUAUCUACUAGUUACCCAUUUCCCCCUCCCUUCAUAUUUACGUUGUCAGUCAGCUGACUGGUUAAAUUAGCACAAGGCUAGUCGCUUAUGCUAACUAUCUAGCUAGCUUAACAUAACAUCCAGGACCAUGAGCUCACUAAACUACUCCCCCCCUGCUAAAAAAGAAGAGGUCUGUUGGACUGAGAAACAGGGUCUGUGGCUUAAUGUUGUCGUGAAAGAAGAGGAGGAAGAGGAGGAUGUCACAGUGAAAGGCGAUGAAGAAGCUUUCAGAGUGAAAGCGGAGGAUGAGGAAGAGAUUACUGUCACAUUGAACGAGGAAGAAGAGGAUGAGACUGGAGAUCUGAUUAACACCAGAGAGAGACCAGACUCAGAGGAACCAGAGCCAGAGAUGUCCGAACCAACGAGACGACACCACUGUUCCCACUGUGGAAAGAGCUUUAACCAGUUAGGGGACCUAAAAAAACAUGAGAGAAUACACACAGGAGAGAAGCCUCACCAAUGCUCCCAGUGUGGACAGUGUUUUACCUGGUUACAGAAUCUAAAACAACAUCAAAUAAUACACACAGGUGAGAAACCUUACCAAUGCUCUCAGUGUGAAAAGGCUUUUACCCGGUUAGCACACCUGAAAGAACAUAAAAUAGUACACACGGGAGAAAAACCUUUCCACUGCUCUCAGUGUGAAAAGAGUUUUACCAAGAAAGGGAUCCUAAAACAGCACGAGAGGACGCACACAGAAGAAAAGCCCUACCACUGCUCCCAGUGUGGAAAGACAUUUUCCUUAACAAAGUACCUGAAAGAGCAUGAAAAAACACAUACAGGAGAAAAGCCUGGAAAGAAGCUUUUUCUCUGCUCCCUGUGCGGAAAGAGUUUUACCCAGUCAACCCACCUGAAAUCACACAAAAGAACGCACACAGGAGAGAAGCCUUAUCAAUGCUCCUUUUGUGGAAAGAGUUUUUCUCAAUCAAGUUGUCUGAAAAAACAUAAGAGAAUACACACUGGAGAGAAGCCUUACCACUGCUCCCUGUGCGGAAAGAAUUUUAACCGGUUAGAUUACCUGAAAUCACAUAACAGAACACACACAGGAGAGAAGCCUUUACACACAGGAGAGAAGCCUUUACACACAGGAGAGAAGCCUUUACACACAGGAGAGAAGCCUUUACACACAGGAGAGAAGCCUUUACACACAGGAGAGUAGCCUUUACACACAGGAGAGAAGACCUCAUUGUAAAUACGAUUUUUUUCUUAAUUAAUUAAUUUUUUUUAUGAAUAAAGAAGAAACCUGUGUCUAGUGAUGUAGUUCAAUGGUGUUCCGAAUGAACUGUUUUAAAUGCUGUUUUCCCAUUUGAUUAAAGUGUACUCAAAAAUACAAUCUCAAGACAUUGAAUAGGAAAUAAAUUGGUUUGAAUGUAGAUUACCAAUAUGCCAGUUUGAAUGUGUAUGCUCUCUGUGAUUACAUGGUCAUUUUCCAACUAUGCUCUUUGUGUGUUGUGUGUUCAUCUGUGUGUCAUUCCUCGAGCACUCAAGUGCCAUUUGCGAGUGAUGCGUUUGCUCUAUUGUUUACGUUUGCAUUCGAUGAUGUAACUUCCAGGCUUUAAGGGAAUAGUAUGGUCGCAUCUAGAUGUGGAAAAAAAGAACAGGCAAGCGAAAACAAUUAGUACAAU